AUGCUGAUGGAGCGGUCCCCCAGUGACCCGCCGCGGGAUGCAGCGCACGGAGCCGGAGCCGGAGCGGAGGGCGUCGGCGAGCCGGACUUGGGCUUGGGCUCCGGCAGCAGCAGCGGCGGCGGCGGCGAUCCCCGGCGGCGCGGGGGAGGCAUGGCCCUCCCGGGGGAGCCGGCGUUGCUCAACGGGGUUGCCAAGGAGACCGGCCGGCCGCCCCCCUCCCCCGGCGCAGCCCCCCCCGCCGCGCCAGUGCCGGUGAUCGAGCUGGUGCGCGGCGGCGGCCGCCCCCCUAUAAAAGCCAGAGACGCGCCGGCCGGGGCCAUGCAGAGCCAGCGAGAGCGCGACAGCGGCGGCGGCGGCAGCAGCAGAGCGCCGCGCUCCGAGCCGGCCACGGCCAGCAGCAGCAGCAGCGACGCCCGCAUGGUGCAGCUCAGCCCCACCGCAGCGCCGGCGCUCCCGCUCCAGCCGCCCGCCAGAGCCAUGCUCUACGGCCUCGGACCCCCGCUCAGCGCCGCCAGCAGUGGAUUCUUUGGAGAGCCAGACAACUUCUCAAUGUACAACAACAACCGGGUGAAAAGAAGACCAUCCCCAUAUGAAGUGGAGCUUUCUGAUGGUCCUCAUACAAAGGUGGUUCGUCGAAUAUUUACAAAUAGCCGGGAAAGGUGGAGGCAGCAGAACGUCAACGGGGCAUUUGCUGAGCUCCGCAAGCUCAUUCCUACUCACCCGCCUGACAAAAAGCUGAGCAAGAACGAAAUCUUACGUCUGGCAAUGAAAUACAUCAAUUUCUUAGCCAAGCUGCUCAAUGACCAGGAAGAAGAAGGAAGCCAAAGGAGUAAAGUCAGCAAAGACACUGGUAUAGUACAAGAAGACCUUCUUCAGGACAUGUUGUCCCCAAACUCAAGCUGUGGAAGUUCAUUAGAUGGAGCAGGAAGCCCAGACAGUUUCACGGAAGAGCACGAGACAUUAGAUCCUAAGCACACAAGAGCUCUUCACCAUUCUAUUCUUCCCAUUGAAAGCAAUGCACAGCGAUGAUGAACCUACAAAGAGGUGCAGGCAAGCCUGUGAAUACCUGGUUUUUGGAAUUUAUGCAUGACC